CUACCAGAAGAUGAUCGACACACUGGAUUAUCGUUUUUUAUCAUGAUAACGUUAACGUUUUGCAAGCGUACUGACAUCUGUGGGGUAAAAUAAUAUUUCUUUUAAUAUGACAGGAAGUGUAUGGUUAUACAUCUUGGUCUUGAUGGUGGAUAGUCUGUCUUUUUGUAUAAAUGAGCCCACGGCAGAAAAUGAGGCACCCAGGGGCACCUGUUCAAAGGCUGUGGAUGGUGUACAUUGUGAUGAAAAUGUAGUUGUUGGUGAACCAGGGCAACUUGAGUUGACAAGGCUUGAUGGUGUUGAGGAGGGGUAUGUAACAUCCUUGGACAUAGAACCAGGAAGAUCAUUGCAGUUGAAGACUCUUAGUAUGAAGCCACUGGUAUUUGAAAUUGUGGACUUCUUGACAACAAGUGAAAGUGACCAUUUCAUAGCCCUUGCUAACAACAUAGGUCUGCAAACCAGCAAAACUCACAGUGACCGAGCCAAUAAAAACUCGUUCACUUUAUUUGACCAGGAUGGAAACAGGAGACUUAGCCUAGAUGAGAUGAAGCUAACCAUAGAAAAUAGUUUUGAUGUUUAUCUAGACCAUGAAGAUAUAAGAAAAAUGUACACGGACUUAGACAUGGACCAAGAUCAUGACAAUGAAAUCACACCAGAUGAGAUCCAGAAAACAAGCCCAGCAGAUAUGGGGGAAUAUCUUCAGAAAAAAAUGAUACAGUACCCAGAGAAGAAGUCCCGCUUUAGUGAACAAGUGUGGUUAAGGCCGGAUUUUUCAACAGAUGAAGUUUUCCAGCAUGUGCAAUUGAGAGUUCAAAAGUUAACAAAGCUUCCUGAAACCUUGAUAAAGAGGAGUCAUGUACAGGUUGUCAAGUAUGGUUUGAAGGGACACUAUAAUGCCCACUUAGACUCCACUCCAUUGAAUACCAAGGUUCCUUGCUGUACAGAAACCACUAGGUGGAAGGGGAAUUGCAGAAUAUGCAG